AUGGGCGUCGACAGUAUGGCAACGCAAGGAGAUGCUGGUGUACAUAAUGCCUGGAUUGGAGCUAAAGGCCCUUCUGCCCUUGAUUUGAGAAGCGAUGUAAUGACUACACCGACACCAUCUAUGCUUGCUGCUAUCCAAUCGUGUACACUUCUAGAUGAUGUUUUCCGUGAAGAUAAGACAACAAUGGAGCUAGAGGCUCAUGUUGCAGCGCUGGCAGGCAAGGAAGCAGGGCUUUUCGUUCUGUCCGGAACGAUGGGUAAUCAACUUGCUCUCAGGAGUUUACUAACUCAACCUCCGCACUCUGUGCUGUGUGACCAUCGUUCACAUAUUAUCCAAUAUGAAGCUGGCGGAGUGGCAACGCUCUCUGGUGCCCUCGUGAGAACAGUAGUUCCUAAAAACGGCAUUCACUUGACUCUUGAAGAUGUCAAACAAAAUGUUGUACUCAGCACCGAUGUGCACGCUUGUCCAACAAGAGUAAUCAGCCUAGAGAAUACUCUCAAUGGCAUGAUUAUGCCACUUUCUGAAGUCAAGCGAAUCUCAGAAUUUGCGAGACAACACGGGAUCAAAAUGCACUGCGACGGCGCUCGGUUGUGGGAGGCUGUGGCAGCCGGCGCCGGUACUCUACCCGAGUUCUGUGCUCACUUCGACACAAUUAGCUUGUGCUUCUCCAAGGGUCUAGGGGCACCUGUUGGUAGCCUGCUCGUCGGCUCGGAGGAGACUUUGAACCACUCUCGGUGGGUUCGGAAAUCUAUAGGCGGCGGUAUGAGACAGCCGGGAUUUAUCACUGCGUGUGCGCGAGUUGCCGUAGACGAAACGUUCGGCAGAAAACCAGAUGGCAGUGAUGGCUGGCUGAAAGUGUCACACGACAUGGCCAAGAAAGUUGAGGCUUUGUGGAGCGGUAUGGGCGGAAAACUCGUUCAUCCCGUGCACACGAACAUGUGUUGGAUAGAUCUCGACUCGGCCAAGUGUAGCGACGACCGCUUCAUCGAGUUAAGUCGGGCUGCUGGUCUCACCGUAUCUGGAGGUCGGCUGGUAACACAUUACCAAAUUGCCCAAAACGGGGAAGAAGUCCUGCAAAGGUUGGAGAAAGUUUUCCAAAAGGUCUUCGCACAGCCAGAGGAGGUAACAUCUGAGGCGGGCGUCAAGAGCAUUUACGAAAAGACAUAA